AUGUCAAGUCUGCAAAAUAUCCUGAACCCAGAUAUUAAUCACAAAAGAUCGGCAAAACCCCAAUCUCGAGAACUUCCAGUUCGUGGUAGUCCAUCAUCUACUCCAUCUGAUAUCAGUGCAAAUACCACUGCGGCUUUCAAUCAUUCCUCUCAAAUCGAACCGCUAUAUAAACAGCAUGAAUUGCAUCCCAAUUGUCCUGACACCUUGGUGUGUCUUCCAGACACAGCCGGAAGACCGCAACACACCCUACCAGUUAUUUUGCGAUGCGCAAUAUUAGGAAGUCCUCGAAAACGUCUGACUAUUCGUGAAAUAUAUGCUGCAAUGGAAGGAAAGUAUACAUACUAUAAAACUGCAGGUCCAACUUGGAAGCAAUCUGUUCGACACCAUUUAUCACUCAAUCGUUUGUUUGAACGGCAACCACGACCUGUCACUGAUCCAGGUUUUGGCUCAUACUGGACAGUUAACCUGUCGGCUCCUCCUGGGACCAAGAGGCCACGAAAGCGCGGUAGGCCGAACAAAAUUAUUGAUGACGGCUUGAGCUCCAAUACCCCAAAGAAAAGGGGACGCCCCAGGAAAGGCACAUAUACAAUCCAUCCAUCUCCUCCAAGUCACCCUGCCCUUCCAAUUGCGUCGCCGCCGCCGUGUCGGGUAUCGUCAGUACGAUCUCAAGGCGACCAUGUUGAGGACGUAGAUGAAGAUAUCUUAGUGGCUUACGAGCGAAAUAGUGGCACUGAUUUAUCAGACGAGUAUGAAAGUGAAGAAGAUAUGGUUAUACCACCAAGGCACCGCCCCUCGAUUUCGGGUAUUAGCACCUUUGGAAUGCAACAAUCGCCGUUACCUUUGUUGAAUCACCAUUUCGUUCGUGGACCUACGUCUGACAUACCAAACUCAGAGGAUAACCUCAUCGAUCGCUUGCAUAUAGAAGUCGCGGGAUUGCGGCGGCAGUCUGCUGAUGCCAUCUCUGUAUCUCUCAGGCUGUCGGAUCAGCUAGCCGAAGCGCAUGCAGAAUGUUCCAGAGCGAAAGCAUCCCUGAGGACGGCGGAGACCAUGCUAGAGGAAGAAGUCAGGAAAAGAAGGGAGGCAGAACAGAUAGCAGACGAUGAAGGACGCAUGAGGAGAGCAGCAGAAGAUUCCUUAAAACAGUUUCAGAGGCAAAGGUUACCCGGUCGCACGGGGUGA